AGAAGAAGGAGGAAAAAGCAAGAUGGCGUUUGAUGGAGAAAGUCUAAACGUGGGCAUUAUAGUUCUGUAUUUUUAAUCAGUGCAUACAUGUGCACAUAUAUGUCGUUUAAUAGAGUAAACAUCGUCAAUGAUUGUUUGUAUCCGUAAACAUUAGUCUGAGCGCAUUUUGACGCUUCUUCGCUUGUUAGCUAGCUUAGCUUGUUAGCUGCUAACAAAGACGCGACAUAUUCGUACAACUACGCGCGGAUUAAGAACACAACAUUAGUGAUCAAAACACAUCGCUUAGUUAAGAUCAAGUGUGAGUGUAAAGUGUUGUGAUUGUGUGAAAAUGUGCGAAAGAACGAUAGCAGAGUACGAGGAGGAACUUUGUCCAACAAAAGAGGAGAAGGAGCGACAACAUCGACUACUGGACGCUGUUUUCAAGAAACAUCAAGUUGUGUUACACAGAACAGACGUCUGUGAAGAACAUCUUCUCCCUGAGCAACAGAAGUGGAGCUUCAGGAUGGAGCCACAGCCCUCCCACAUUAAAAAGAUAGAGGAACACCCACUGAUCCCCUAUUUUAAAGAGGAAGAGGAUGACCCACUGACCAUUUACAUCAAAGAGGAAGAGGAGGACACACUGAUCCCCCAUUUUAAAAAGGAAGAGGAGGACCCUCUGAGCCCUCACAUUAAGGAGAAAGGGGAGGACCCACUGAGCCCUCACAUUAAAGAGAAAGACCCACUGACCCCUCACAUUAAAGAGGAAGAGGAGGAGUCACAGACCCCUCACAUUAAAGAGGAAGAGGAGGAACACAGCAUCAGUCAAGAGGGAGAGAAUCUCAAAUGGCUGGAGGAGGUUGAUGUCACCAAGAUGCCAGUGACUGGUGUCCCUGUGAAGAGUGAAGAUGAUGAGGUCAAAGGUGAAAGUGAGGAGAAGAGAGAGGCGGAGCCUCCAAGCAGCAGCUCAACUCAACACAUGACAACAGAAGCUGAUGGAGACCACUGUGGAGGAUCACAAGCAGACAAGCUCUUAGCUCCACUAUCAGAUAGUGAGGACACAACGUCACACUCUCCUGACACUGAUGAUGAAGACUCUAAAGAUGAUAAGACAUGUCACACUGACAACACACACUUCACAUGUUCUCACUGCGACAAAACUUUUAAUCACUAUCGUAAUCUGAAAAGACACAUGAGUACACACACCGGAGAGAAACCUCAUUCCUGCUCAGAAUGUGGUAGAGAUUUUAGACUGAAAGGGAUGCUGAAAGAACAUAUGAGAAUACACACUGGAGAAAACCCUUUUUCAUGUUCAGAAUGUGGUAAAAGUUUUAUAAUAAAUCAAAAAUUAAAAGUACACAUGAGAAUACACACUGGAGAAAAACCUUUUUCAUGUUCUAUCUGUGGUAAAGAUUUUACACAAAAGCACCAUUUCAAAGUACACAUGAGAAUACACACUGGAGAAAAACCCUUUUCAUGUUCAAUCUGCGGUAAACAUUUUACUCAAAAGCAUUAUUUCAAAGCGCACAUGAGAACACACACGGGAGAAAAACCUUUUACCUGCUCAAAAUGCGAUAAAAGAUUUACACGAAAAGAAGACUUAAAAAAACACAUGAGAAUACACACUGGGGUAAAACGUUUUUCCUGUUCAGAAUGUGGUAAAAGUUUUCUAACAAAUCAACAGUCAAAAUCACACAUGAGAAUACACACUGGAGAAAAACCAUUUAAGUGCUCAAUUUGUAGUAAAGUAUUCUCCCAGAAAGGACAUUUGAUAAACCACACAAAAACACACACUGGUGAAAAACCAUACUCCUGUUCAAGCUGCAACAAACACUUUUGUCAGCGAGGAAAUCUUUCAGUACACAUGAGAACACACACAGGAGAGAAAGUGUUGAGUUGCAGUGUGUGUGGUGAAAGAUUAUCUUCUAAGUACCAGUGUAAGAAACACAAGUGUGCUGGUGAGAACAGCAGCAGCAAAUGAAGAUGCAGGAUUUGAAAUAAACUGUCAAAACUUUAACUUUGACUUUCUAACAACAUCAGCACAUAUAACAUGUGUGACAUCAUUGUUGUGUGUGUAACACAAUCUUGUUAUUAUGCUUAUAACAUACAUAGAGUAAAUACUUCAGAUUAGUGCUUUUAUUUCAGUCAAGUACAUGAGUUAAUAUACACAUUUGUGUACUUUAAAAUGAACAGAACAAUUUGACUGAAAUUGUGAGAAUAAACAGUACAUAAAAUAUGUUACAUACAAUAAACAUUUUAUGUGUAGAUAUUCAUAAUUCACUUUUAUACUUACUCAUAAUAGUUUUUUUGUAUAAGUUUUUCGAAAUAAUGAAGUGUUACAUAUUUUAUUUUCUAUUUGUGGAUAAUUCCAAAGAUGUACUCUUUUAUAUGAUAUACAUAUUUGUUUUACAUGUGUUCAUACCUUUGCUUUUGAGUACACAUAAAUCCCUCUUAGUUCAUAUUUACUGGUUCACAUCUGAAACAUCUUCUGGACCACUUCUGGAAGCAUAUUAUUAUUUACUUUAUACAUCAUUUGAACAGUUGUCUUUUAUACAAUUUUAAAAUGUGUGACUUUAUGAAUCAUUUGUUGGGUCUCUAUAAUCCAUUCUAUUAAUUAUCUUUAUUACUCUCUUGUGUAAUAUGAAUAUUGUUGUGUGAUUGUUUUAUAUGUAU